AGAACCCGGGAGUGGGAACCGCAGACAUGGUGAAGAUUGAGUUUGCACCCUUGAAUAUCCCGCUCAACCGACGUUUCCAGACAGCUGCAGUUCUUCAAUGGGUCUUCUGCUUUCUCUUUGGAGGUAACUGGUAGACUACUGCGCACUUCCUCAUCUUCAGCAAAUCAUAACCAUAGUGGCCCAGGGUUGGGGUCAAUUCAAGUCAGUGCUUGCUUAUGUGAUGCCCAUAUUUUUCUGCACAUCCAUCUGUCUAGCGCAGUGUUGUUUUUGUGUGUACGUUGUGAUCGUGUUGAAUGGAUACUGGCACGUGGCUGCUCUGUAUGCCCUGUGGCUCUACCUGGACUGGGACACACCUCAGGCUGGGGGCCGCAGGUCUGACUGGGUACGCCACUGGACCGUGUGGAAACACUUCAGAGACUAUUUCCCCAUCCAUCUGAUUAAGACAUGUGACCUAGACCCAGAGAGGAACUACCUGAUGGGUUUCCAUCCUCACGGAAUCCUGGUCGCCGGAGCGUUUGGGAAUUUCUGUACUGAAUACACAGGCUUCCGGGAGCUCUAUCCAGGAAUGACUCCUUACCUGCAUACCCUCGGCAUCUGGUUCAGCUUCCCAUUCUGCCUGAGGGGAGCAGGCAGCAAUUCUAAAAUAGAGCAGACAUUCAUGUCACAUGAUGUUAGCAUUAAAUUUAGACCACACUGUCUGAGCUACUGCACAGAGAUGCUGCCAAGAUGAACCCCUGCUAUGCCAUUGUCUUAAACCUGUAUGAUAAAUAGACAGUGCCACAUAUAGGUUGUAAGAUCGCAGGUAAUGUGCUGUGAGAUUUUGUUAAUGGCAUGAAAUACGGAUUGGAAAGGGAAUCAGGUCAGGAUUGCAUUGUAAGGGAUUGAACAUUGAGCAAUGGGAUUUGGAUUUAACAUUUAGAAACAUGUGGGGGGGGGGAUCUUUGACCCAGUGGAUCAUGACAUGGACAGAAUUCUGUGGAAAGUGUAGACGUCAUAGGUGGUUACUCUCUCAAAGAUAUUACUAAAUUCCCAAGACAUGGAUUGGCUAAUAUAUUUCUAUAUGUGAGAAUAAACUAAUGUAGGGCUG